ACACACAAGCUCUGUAAAUGUAUUGUCCCUCCACUAAUGCAGGACUCACUCCUCAACGUGCAACUUGAAUCAAACUAUCAGACCCUGAAAAUCAUCCCGCCGGGUCGCGGCUCCUCCUCUCUGCGUCGGACCUGUUCUCAGGUUUCCAACCGCGACUGAUGGACUGCAGAUUGGAUUGGCUGAGCUAGGUAGAGGAGCAGAGGCUCCACCAAAUCACAGAUCUAGGAUUUUCAUCUUUCUUGGUCUCCUCCCUAGAAUCCUGGCAACAGAUGUGUUAUUUCUCUUAGGGGAACCCUGCCUGGGGUUGCUAUGGAGAUAGGACGCUGCGACUUGCAGAGCAACUAGGACCCAGAAAUCGCCGAGCAGACCUAAGCAAAGCCACUGCCUUGCGUUGCCUCCUUCCAUAUCUGCACGCCCCCUUCAUCCAGAACUCUUUUUCUCUUGACUCCUUCCAUGGAAGACUCGACCCCCCUGAAACAAAAAAUACAACACCAAGAACUUGGGGAAACAGGGCGGCCGUGGGAAGAAAUGGUAACAGCCUCCCAAGAUCCUGAACCUGCGUUAUCCGAGGCCUCAGAGUUGGAGCAGGGGCCGGAAACUGGACCCCAGCCCAGAAGCAGCCCUCCUGGGAUCCUCCAAUCUGGAGCCAGCACGCCUGUGGAUGACCUCGUAGGACCAGGUGUGUCAUCUCCACCUUCCCCAUCUCAGGAGCCCUCUUCCACUCCUUCUCCCCUGGCUCCGGCCGUGCAGGACCUUAUGGCACCAUGGCAGUCAGACAAGACCACUAGUGUGAUUUCUGAAGCUGGGACACCUCACUUUGACCAUUUAGAACAAUCAUCUGAUAACGGAGAAUCAACUCCUCAUCAAACAUGCCAAUCAGAGGGAAACACUUUUCAUCAAUCUCAGCAAACCAAAUGUCACCUGUAUGGACCGAGGGAUGUGAGCUACAACAACUCUAAACGGAAAGAGCUGAGAUUUGACAUUUUUCAAGAAGAAGACUCAAACAGUAACUAUGACCUGGAUCAGCCUGAGUCUGGGGCUUCUGAAGUGGCCCCCAGCAUGCUUGAGAUUGCCAUUCAGAAUGCUAAGGCUUACCUACUAAAGUCCAGUAGCAAGUCGGGCUUAAAUCUAUAUGAUCAUCUUUCUGAAAUGCUGACCAAGGUCUUAGAUAAGCGUCCUGAAAAUGCUGUGGACAUCAUUGAAAAUGUUAGCCAAGAUGUGAAGAUGGAACAUUUUAGUAUAAAACUGGAUACACUCCAAAAUGAGAAUGAGAUGCUUCCAGCCUAUGAAAUAGCAGAGAAGCAAAAAGCUCUUUUUCUCCAGGGAAAUUUAGAAGGAGCUGACCAAGAAAUGGAAGAUGAAAUAGCAGAACACUCUCUUCCAAAUGUAAUGGAGUCAGCUUUUUAUUUUGAACAAGCUGGAGUCGGUUUGGGCACAGAUGAGACUUAUCGCAUAUUUCUUGCCCUCAAGCAGCUUACUGACACCCACCCAAUCCAAAAAUGUCGUUUCUGGGGUAAGAUCUUAGGUCUGGAAAUGAAUUAUAUUGUAGCUGAAGUGGAAUUCCGUGAGGGAGAAGAUGAAGAGGAGGUGGAAGAGGAAGAUGAACCUGAAGAGAGGGACAAUGGAGACAAUGAAGCUAAUGAAGAUGAAUUACCAAGGUCCUUUUACAAGGCCCCACAGUCUAUUCCAAAGGAAGAAAGCAGAACAGGUGCCAACAAAUAUGUCUAUUUUGUUUGCAAUGAACCAGGAAGACCAUGGGUGAAGUUACCAGGAGUUACACCUGCACAAAUUGUUAUUGCAAGAAAAAUCAAGAAAUUUUUCACUGGGCGAUUGGAUACCCCCAUCGUAAGCUACCCACCCUUCCCAGGAAAUGAGAGUAAUUACUUACGAGCACAAAUUGCCAGAAUUUCAGCAGGGACUCAGGUCAGCCCUCUAGGAUUCUAUCAUUUUGGUGAAGAAGAAGGAGAAGAGGAGGAAGAAACAGAAGGCAGGCGAGAUAGCUUUGAAGAAAACCCUGAUUUUGAAGGCAUCCAAGUGAUUGAUCUAGUGGAAUCCCUAUCCAAUUGGGUUCAUCAUGUACAACAUAUACUCCCUCAGGGUCGCUGUAAUUGGUUCAACCCCAUACAAAAAAGUGAGGAGGAAGAAGCAGCAGAAGCAGAAGAAGAAGAAGAAGAAGAAGAAAGAGAAGAGCCUGACUACAUAGAACAGGAAGUAGGGCCUCCUCUCUUGACACCAAUCUCUGAAGAUUUAGAGAUCCAGAAUAUACCGCCUUGGACAACACGGUUAUCCUCAAAUCUCAUUCCUCAAUAUGCUAUUGCAGUCCUUAGAUCCAACCUUUGGACUGGAGCAUACGCCUUUUCCAAUGGCAAAAAGUUUGAAAAUUUCUACAUAGGCUGGGGUCAUAAAUAUAGUCCAGACAGCUAUACACCUCCAGUUCCACCACCAGUUUAUCAAGAGUACCCCAGUGGACCAGAAAUUACAGAAAUGGAUGACCCUAGUGUGGAAGAGGAGCAGGCUUUCAGGGCUGCACAAGAAGCAGCUGUAAAUUCAACAGAGGAAAAUGAAGAAACUGAGGAAGAUGAAGAUGAGGAAGAUGACUAUGACUAAUAAAAAUAAAAUUAGCCCAGUUUUAUGAGACUGAUACACACAUACUCCUUAUUUGGGACUGAUAUAUAUAUAUAUAUAUACACACAUAUAGUUGCCUAUAUAUAUAUAGGCAACUAUUGAUGUGCAAAAUACCAUUCCUUGAAAAUAUAAAAUUUGGAAUUUUGUAUGUAUAACUAUUAAUAUGUACUUUUAGAAAGAUACUCAAUGGAUUUUUCAGAGGCUAAAUGACAUUUUCUUACAUUACUGUUUUGAUGGCUGCAGCUAAUGGAAUAUGUGCCUCUAUAUUUUUUCUCUUUUUUUUUAAGUCUCAGGUUGAAUUUCUAAUACGGCAAACAUGGAAAUACAUAACCCACAAAAGCUCCUUGGGAACGUAAAUAUUUUUUGAGCAUCAAGGAAUACUGAGACCAAAAAUAUUGAAAAUAACUAAAUUAGAGCGUGUGUUCUUAAGCAAUCUGUGAUAUUGUAUGCAAAUACUGUAUGUAUAUACAUCUAUAUAUAUAUAUUCCCCCCUGUGGGGAGAGGGUAUGUAACUCCACCACCUGCUCAAAGACUGUGGGAACAUUCAAAUUUUUUAACUCUUUUGCUUGUUGCUUCUUAAAGAAAUGUCUCAAUGUAACUCUUCUUUCAUCCUAUAGAAACCGGUUUUAUCUGAUUUCAGGGAAAACAAUUUGCACAGAGACGGCUAGCUGGGAUAUCCAAAGACUUCAAACUGAUAUCUGCUACCACUGCUUUUCUAAAAUUAGUUAUUUCCAUUCACCAAAAUAGUAUUUUUAAGUUCUAUAUGUGAUGUGCCAGGCACUGUGGGGCUACUGUUAAAAACUAGACAUUGCUCCUGAAAUCUUCGCGCUUACAUUCAAGGAGGAAAACAUAUAAAGGUAGAUAAUUAGAAUAGCAGGUAUUGUGAUACAAAUAUUACACCAUAGGACAGUGUCUGUCAAACUCUGUGGUGAAGAACCAAUUAAAAAAAAAACAACUGCUAAUCCAUGGCUAUUAUCUGUGUAAAAUAGAAUCAAAGUAUGUCAGCAAUUGUAACUUCUAUAAUUAUCUUGUCACAGACUGGUGGUUUGCAGCUCAGCAAUCUAUACUUUGAGAAACGUUGCUUAUCAAACACUUAGAAGGUGCAUUUAAUCCAAACUUGAGCAGUUCAGGAAGCAUUUCUAAGUGGAAGCCCUUCUAAGAGGAGAACUAAGGGGGUAAAGGCCCUAGGCAGCACCAGCUGUAUUUUGGCAAAGGUCUUUAGGCUGAAAGGAGUGAAACUUUGAGAGUGGUGAGAGAUGAAACUGGAGAGGUAUGCAGGGCCCAGAUUGUGUGGGAUGUUUGGAUUUUAACAAUGAGCAAUGAAGAGGACUCAACUGGAAGUCACAAAAUUGCAUUUGUAUUUUAGAAUGGUUUGCCUUCCGUGUGGAAGAUGGACUGACAGAGACAGGGAGCCCAUUUAGGAGGUUAUUACAUUGUCUAGGUAAGAGAUAAUGAUGGCAUGAAGGAGCGUAACUGCAUGGGGAUAUAGAGUAGAAACCUGUUUACCAGUCUGGAUGACAGAAUAUUAGAAAUGAUGGCUUCCAGAAUUUUCCAGCUGGCAAUAUUAUUUUUUAAGACUAUGAAGGUUAUGGUUUUGUCAGUUCUUGCUGUUAAUACACACUAUUUUUUUUAAAACAUCUUUAUUGGAGUAUAAUUGCUUUACAAUGGUGUGUUAGUUUCUGCUGUAUAACAAAGUGAAUCAGCUAUACAUAUUAUUCAUUCUUGGAGUGUAACUUUCUGUAUUUGAUGACAUAAAUAAUAUUUAUAGAACUUCAUUCAAAUAAGUUCUUGUUCAUUUUUUCAUGGGGCAGUAGACACUUAUUGCUUUUCUUUUUUGUUAUUUAAUAUCCAUUUCUUCAUCUACCCGGAUUUCCUUUUGAGAAAUUGCCUCUGUCCCAUGGCAUACAGUCACAUGCUAAUCAGAUGUGCCCUCUCUGGAAUCUGAAAUUUGAGCAGACAUUCUACCUCUGCUCCUAACCUGAUUGACCCUGCUGUAAAUUAUGCCAUAUUCUAGCCCCUACUAUUGCCUUUGUUCUAGCAGAGUUCCCUAGUUACCUAUGGAUUCUGUGAGCUUCUGAUAAUUUGAAUGAAUUCUCUUCUGCUUAAAUUGGCCAGAGUAGGAUUCUAGCUUGCAACCUUACAUGGCAAAUCCAACAGAAUCUGAAAGUUUCUUUCCUACAGGACACAUUAAACACAACACUCUACAUCACCAUUGUAUAAGUACGAGUGUAAAUAUUUAACAAAAGCAAAUCCCUCUUUUUAGAGCUAUGCCUAUUAAAUAUUAAGGUUAUUUCUAAGUAGUGAGGAGUGAAUUUCAUUACAUAUAUAAUAACAGAAGAAAGCAGAAUGCUAUAAUGGUAAGAGCCUGGAGGUGAGCAGUCUGGGUUCACACUCUGGAUGAUUACCACUUUCUUGUGCAAAUUACUAAUCUCUCAGAGCUUCAGCUUCCUCACAAGCUAAUAACAGUACCUGUCUCACAGAACUAUUUUGGAGAUUAAUUAAUACACACAAAAUACUGUGAAUACCUAACACAAGUAAGAACCCAAUAAAUAGUCAUAUGACUAUAAUACAAAACCAGUUUCUGAAACAUGGAUAAGAAAUAUAAAACCCACAAU